AUGAGCCACAGCCUGCACCCAGCAAAGCUGCCAGCCCGACAUCCACACAUGAGCCACAGCCUGCACCCAGCAAAGCUGCCAGCCGGACAUCCACACAUGAGCCACAGCCUGCACCCAGCAAAGCUGCCAGCCUGCCAUCCACACAUGAGCCACAGCCUGCACCCAACAGAGCUGCCAGCCUGCCAUCCACACAUGAGCCACAGCCUGCACCCAGCAAAGCUGCCAGCCUGCCAUCCACACAUGAGCCACAGCCUGCACCCAACAGAGCUGCCAGCCUGCCAUCCACACAUGAGCCACAGCCUGCACCCAACAGAGCUGCCAGCCUGCCACCCACACAUGAGCCACAGCCUGCACCCAACAGAGCUGCCAGCCUGCCACCCACACAUGAGCCACAGCCUGCACCCAACAGAGCUGCCAGCCCGACAUCCACACAUGAGCCACAGCCUGCACCCAACAGAGCUGCCAGCCUGCCAUCCACACAUGAGCCACAGCCUGCACCCAGCAAAGCUGCCAGCCUGCCAUCCACACAUGAGCCACAGCCUGCACCCAACAGAGCUGCCAGCCUGGAUCCAUGAGCCACAGCCUGCACCCAGCAAAGCUGCCAGCCCGACAUCCACACAUGAGCCACAGCCUGCACCCAGCAAAGCUGCCAGCCUGACAUCCACACAUGAGCCACAGCCUGCACCCAGCAAAGCUGCCAGCCUGCCAUCCACACAUGAGCCACAGCCUGCACCCAACAGAGCUGCCAGCCUGCCAUCCACACAUGAGCCACAGCCUGCACCCAACAAAGCUGCCAGCCUGCCACCCACACAUGAGCCACAGCCUGCACCCAGCAAAGCUGCCAUCCACCCACACAUGCCACAGCCUGCACCCAACAGAGCUGCCAGCCUGCCACCCACACAUGAGCCACAGCCUGCACCCAACAAAGCUGCCAGCCUGCCACCCACACAUGAGCCACAGCCUGCACCCAGCAAAGCUGCCAUCCACACAUGA